CCAUUAAUGCAACUGGUCCAUUUGCACCUGAAUAUGGCAGCAAAUAAGCUCCUAUGAACUCGUUUGGCUAUUGCUGUGACAUAUAAAGCAUUUUAAAAGGUUCUGUUAACUCGUUUUUUUUCCUGCAGCCCAUUUCUGCCAUCCACUGAGAGGAAAUCGCUGGGCCAUCCCCCUGACGCGCGCCUGUGCCGUGGAGCUCCCCCUUGCUGCAUACAUCGUGAUCUAGCGGAUGCAGAGUCUUGCAGAGAACGCAGGGUCACCUUCUGUCACUUCAAGAGGAAAUACUGAAUUAUUUGCAGCACAGGCAGUCGGGUAGUAGUCCACCCCAGCAGCGGCGGCAUCUCUGGUGAUCUCCUGCAGGGGACCAACAGCUCUCACUCAGGUUUUAUGGAAACCUGACCUUCCACUGGUGAAGAAGUGCAUGAGGAACCCAGCUUUGCUGCACAGGACACGUUUGGUUAUAAGAGUUCUUUGCCACAUCCACGAAAAUGUCUGGCUCCUACGAUGAAAGUCUCGUCGCUGACGACACCAUGGACAGCUUCUGGGAGGUGGGGAACUACAAACGUGCUGUCAAGAGAUUUGAUGACGGCCAUCGGCUCUGCAAUGAUCUGAUGGGCUGCCUGCAGGAACGUGCCAAGAUAGAGAAGAGCUACGGUGAUCAACUCACUGCCUGGUCCAAAAGAUGGAGACAGCUCAUUGAAAAAGGACCACAGUAUGGCUCUGUGGAGCGAGCCUGGCUGGCUGUGAUGACCGAGGCAGAGAAAGUGAGCGAGCUGCACCAAGACGUGAAGAACAACCUGAUGAACGAUGACGUGGAGAAGGUGAAGAACUGGCAGAAGGAGGCGUAUCACAAGCAAAUGAUCGGAGGAUUCAAAGAGGCCAAAGAAGCAGAGGAAGGCUUCAAGAAAGCUCAGAAACCCUGGGCUAAAAAGCUGAAAGAGAUGGAGACAGCUAAGAAAGCGUACCAUAUGGCCUGCAAGGAGGAGAAGCUUGCUGCAGCCCGAGAGGCCAACGGCAAAACCGAGGCUUCCGUAACACCAGACCAGCAGAAAAAACUCCACGAGAAAGUGGACAAAUGCAAACAGGAUGUGCAGAAGGCCAAAGAAAAGUAUGAAAAGUCUCUGGAGGAAUUGAAUAAAUGUACUCCUCAGUACAUGGAGAGCAUGGAGCAGGUCUUUGACCAGUGCCAGCAGCAUGAGGUCAAGAGGCUGACAUUCCUCAAGGAGGCGCUGCUGGACAUCAAACGUCAUCUUAACCUCACUGAGAACCAAAGCUAUUCCACCAUAUACAGAGAACUGGAGCGUACGAUCUUGGGUGCAAACACACAAGAGGAUCUCAAGUGGUUUAGCAACAAUCACGGGCCUGGAAUGCAUAUGAACUGGCCUGCGUUCGAGGAAUACAACCCAGACCAAGCCAGUGCUCCUCCAAAGAAGAAGAAACCAGACGGAGCCCCACCCACUCCAAGCACUGACCAUGUGGCUCCACCUGGUGACCGCAGCAGCGUGAGCAGCUAUGAUAAGAAUCAAGCGUACUCGACCGAGUGGUCUGACGACGAGCAGCCUGCUGCGUACUCUGGCAAUGAAAAUGGUGGCAAUGGGAACUCCUUCGAAGACGAUUCCAGCACUGGGAGAGGGGUCCGCGUCAGGGCUCUCUAUGACUAUGACGGCCAGGAGCAGGAUGAACUCUCCUUCAAAGCAGGUGACGAACUGACCAAGACUGAGGAUGAAGACGAGCAGGGCUGGUGUAGAGGUCGUUUGGACAACGGCAGAGAGGGACUGUACCCCGCCAAUUAUGUUGAGCCAAUCUAGUCACAUGACUGGACAAGGACAUGCCAUUGGAGGCAGCAUGAACUGCCCCAUCCAAUCGCACCGCACAUAGCCAGAGACUUAUGAGCAACACAUCCCCUGCCCAACAGAUGCGCAGAAAUAAAACCUUAGUAACCUAAAAGACAAUAUAUGAGUAUAAUCCAGUUUAUCCAGCUUUUGGGGUGGGUGGACUUAAACAGUAAAGUGGGAGCAGCAGUUAUUGCAGUAUAUACACACUCAAAUAUAACAUCAAGUGCAGGAACACUUUACUUCUCUGUGUAGCUGGGUUGAACAUAUAAUGCAGCUUAUUCUGUUCUAUUGAAUACGGGGAGAUUAUAUAAUGAGUUCCACCCAUUUGACCUGCAUUGUGUAUAUACGGUGUGACGACAUUUCUGUGUAGAGUUUCUAAUGCUGUGUGUGGCUAGUUGUCAUUCUUCUACUGGAAACGUUGUUUCGUGUUCCACAGCGUUUCCACGGCCCGUCACAGGCAGCGUCCUCUUUCUGUUCAUGACCGUUUUUCUGUGUGACUUGGUCCAGCCCCUUUUCCAGUGUGUGCAGUGCUGUGUGUUUCUAACUGUUUCCAAACUUGCAUAGCAGCAUGCGCUAUGCAACGACUUGCAUUCCCUGAGUCCUGCAGCCUUGUGCAGGCUACAACUUGAUGCAACACUUCUACAAAUGCAGAGUUCACGUUUGAGCAUCACGUGCGUUUGGACAGGCACGCACUUCUGUUGUCAUGGCGACAGGCUUGUGGACGAACUGAUUUCAUGUGUGUUUGUUUUUUUUUUUCGUUUGACUUUACCAUCUUCAUGAACCUCAUGGAAAGAAUACACUGAUUCUGCAGGAGCUUUCAUUGUUGCAGGUAUUCAGGUUUUAAUCCAGUACUGCGAGCAGGAAACACAGAUACAUUCCCUCAGAGUGAAGCCAGAACAAGUUCUAUUUCUUCAGAUUGCUGCCUGAACUGGGCCUGUUUCUUCCACAGAUACGUUACUGUGCUACAGACUGUUGCUGUCCAAAAAGGAUAUGAAUGUACUAGUGUUUGGGCUUGAACCGCAGCAGUAGUCGGAACAUGUUACUCUGGUGUCAUUUCAGACCCUUACUAGCGUGAAGCGCUAGUUACAGCAAACGGCCCACUCCCUUGCUGAGCCAAAGACCCAGUACCUGUUUUCCUUCCCUGCAAUAACGUAUCACACUUGAAAAGAUCGAUGUGUAGCUGUCUCCCAGUCCACACAAACUUCAUUUCUCUGCAAAACACUGUGUAAUGACACAAGGAAAACGUAAUCACACAAACAUACUGUGCUGCAUUUUCUUACACAGCACGUCAUGUUAUUUAAAGUCUUGCUCCAUAGAAAUGAAAUUUUCUGAAUGAAUAUUCCAAUUUGUCAAAUGCCGAUUAUUUAGAUAUCUUGCUCCAAGUUGUACCUAAACAUCUGAUUAUGUGGGAGUGAAGCUUUUUAUAACUUAGUUGUCCUCAAUUCCUGAGAUUGCCUGGACGAACACGCCGAUGUGUUUAGCUCUGUGUCUGAAAGAGGAUUUGACAGGUUUGAAUCUCGCACAUGAGGAGAAACACAUCACCAGCUCACAAGUUGUGUCUUAGAAUCAAGCUGUCCAGCAUAGCAAAAAGGACUCUCACGCCACACACACACACACACACACACACACACACACACACACACACACACACACACACACACACACACACACACAUUAAGCAGACUGUGUAGACAGUACAUGCAAGCUCAGACACAUUACCAGGUUAAUAUUUUUGGGGGAAGCAUCUUCAUCAUCCAGUGUGUAUGAGUUGUGUAAAUGUAUCACAAAAUAAAAUGUAAAAAAAUGCAAGUGAUUGACUAUUAAGACAAAAUGUAGUGUUAUACAUGUAAAUGUGUUUCAUUAAAAUAACAGCAAUGGAAAACAUAUUAACUAAUAGAAACAUAUUGUAUGAAUUUCAUUGCAAUGGAAUUGUCAGUGUAUCAUACAAGCGUGACAUUAUCCCACGCUGUCAGAUUUGUAUAUGAUGAUGUAAUUUAAAGAUUAUAUUCUAUUGUAACUGUACAACUGUGUUGAGUUGAAAAAUAAGACCUAACCAUGUUGAGGCAGUAAAAGUGUAAUGUAAAUGCUUUUUUAUGUUGAUGAUUUCUUCCUUAUGCACACGGGAACAACGACCCUAUAUUAGCGGACUAGAUGAUGUAUGUUCAUAGUUAGUGAUGUACUUUUCUCUCCUAACUGGUGUAGUGCCUGUUCAUCUUGAUGUAACAAGAAGUUGACAAGAAUUUAAAUAUGCAUAAAGAUGAUUAUGAUUAUCACAGAUAAUAAGAACAUAGUUAAAAACCUGAAUCAAAUUUGUUGUGAUGGUGUCAAUAUUGCGAUACUGGUUUGAAAGGGAAACAAGUUUGUUGAAAAACAGAA